AUGUGCUUCGCCAAAACAAUCUACACGUGCCAGCACGAGGAACGAAAACGCAUAACCUGCCGCAAAACAUGGCGCCAGCGAGCGGGCUGGUGCUUCCGCCCGAUCCUCCUCUUCUUCGUCGGCGACUCCCCCGACGAGCCCUGCAGUGAACUCCGCGUCAACGACAACGUCUGGCCCAACGUGACCUGCCCAGAGUGCCGCACCGCCGAGGAGACCGGGAUUGCCACCAAGGGCAUGGUCACUAGUACGACGACAACAAACAAGUACCGCGAGAAGCUGACGCCUGCGGCGAUAGCGGCGUCGCGGCGGCGCAAGGAGGAACAGGAGAAGAAGGACGAAAAGCAGCGGACAAAUUACUGGUCGAUACAGGAGAAUUACCAGGAGGGGCUUAGGAAGCGGGAAAUGGAAGAGGCUGCUCGACUUCAGGGAGGCGGCGGUGUUGGAGAUGUCACUGGUGGGAACGAAGACUACGCUGAUAGGCCUCUGCCCGCUCUUCCUACCUUUCCUGCUGCUUCAGUUGGUGAUACUCGUGGAGAUCCGGGAUACCAGGAUCCGCGGCUCCGUUCCAAGAACAUAUUUCCUCCGCCAAAACCAUCGCCUUCGCCUUCGCCCCCGCCCGAGAAUAAGUCUACUACCAAGCACAAGCGCAAGAAGAAGGAAGCUCCCGUCGUACCAGAUAGGCGUAUGCCCACCGUCACCAGCACCGGAAGCCCAAUCAGCAAAUCGUCUCAACGCUCACGUGAACACAAGCGCCGACACUCACAAGAACAAUGGAGACGAGACUCACAAGAAAAAAAGAGACGACGGGUAGAAGAACAACCAAGACGGAACUCUUACGAACAAACGAGCCAAACUUCAGAAGAGGGUGCAUAUGAACGACCAACAAAGGAGAAUUACUACGGUAGAGGCACCGCCUCGGCCAUAAGAACCAUGAAGGAAGCCGAUGAGCCAUCGCCAGCGAGACAGCCCGUCGCCGAGAGACGGGGACGGGACAUGAAGCAACUGGCCAACAGCUAUCGAGAGGUGCGCGCCGCGCCGUGGCCCGAGGAGCCGAUUAUUCAACGACGUCCCACGCCUCCGCCCUCGCCGGAGCCGGAGAAGGCGCCAAAGAAGAGUGGCAAGCUGAAGGGCGUUUGGAACCCGUUUGGUAACAAGGAUCGCCGAGACGAUGUGGCCCAUUAG